GUUGUGCCCGCGCCCCACGGCCGCCGCCGCCGCCGCCCGGCGCCCCUCGCCCGUUCCCCGCGGCCCGGCGCGGCCGCCGCCCAUGGAUUUCACCUAGCGGGGGCGGCCAUGGCGGCGCAGUGCUGCUGCCGCAAGGCGCCCGGCGCCGAGGCCGCGCCCGCCCGUCCGCCGCCCGAGCCGCCGCCCGCCCUGGACGUGGCCUCGGCCUCCAGCGCGCAGCUCUUCCGCCUCCGCCACCUGCAGCUGGGCCUGGAGCUGCGGCCCGAAGCGCGCGAGCUGGCCGGCUGCCUGGUGCUCGAGCUGUGCGCGCUACGGCCCGCGCCCCGCGCGCUCGUGCUCGACGCGCACCCGGCCCUGCGCCUGCACUCGGCCGCCUUCCGCCGCGCCCCCGCCGCCGCCGCCGCCGAGCCGCCCUGCGCCUUCGCCUUCGCCACCCCGGGGCCCGGACCCGCGCUGCCGCCCCCUCUGCCCUCCUUCCCCGAGGCCCCCGGCGCCGAGCCUGCCUGCUGCCCGCUGGCCUUCAGGGUGGACCCGUUCACCGACUACGGCUCCUCGCUCACCGUCACGCUGCCGUCCGAGCUGCAGGCGCACCAGCCGUUCCAGGUCAUCCUGCGCUACACCUCUACCGACGCCCCAGCCAUCUGGUGGCUGGACCCCGAGCUGACCUAUGGCAGCGCCAAGCCCUUCGUCUUCACCCAGGGCCACUCGGUCUGCAACCGGUCCUUCUUCCCCUGCUUCGACACCCCUGCCGUCAAGUGCACCUACUCGGCCGUCGUCAAGGCCCCGUUGGGGGUGCAGGUGCUGAUGAGCGCCACGCAGAGCACGUACGUGGAGGAGGAGGGCGUCUACCGCUUCCACAUGGAGCACCCCGUGCCCGCCUACCUCGUGGCCCUCGUGGCCGGGGACCUCCAGCCAGCAGACAUUGGGCCUAGGAGCCGCGUGUGGGCCGAGCCGUGCCUCCUGCCCACGGCCACCAGCAAGCUGUCGGGCGCGGUGGAGCAGUGGCUGAGUGCGGCUGAGCGGCUGUACGGGCCGUACAUGUGGGGCAGGUACGACAUCGUCUUCCUGCCCCCGUCCUUCCCCAUCGUGGCCAUGGAGAACCCCUGCCUCACCUUCAUCAUCUCUUCCAUCCUGGAGAGUGAUGAGUUCCUGGUCAUUGAUGUCAUCCAUGAGGUGGCCCACAGCUGGUUCGGCAAUGCCGUCACCAAUGCCACGUGGGAGGAGAUGUGGCUGAGCGAGGGCCUGGCCACCUACGCCCAGCGCCGCAUCACCACUGAGACCUAUGGUGCUGCCUUCACCUGUCUGGAGACAGCCUUCCGCCUGGACGCCCUGCACAGGCAGAUGAAGCUUCUCGGAGAGGACAGCCCGGUCAGCAAGCUGCAGGUCAAGCUGGAGCCAGGAGUGAAUCCCAGCCACCUCAUGAACCUGUUCACCUACGAGAAGGGCUACUGCUUCGUGUACUACCUGUCCCAGCUGUGUGGGGACCCCCAGCGCUUUGACGACUUCCUCCGAGCCUAUGUGGAGAAGUACAAGUUCACCAGCGUGGUGGCCCAGGACCUGCUGGACUCCUUCCUGAGCUUCUUCCCAGAGCUGAAGGAGCAAAGCGUGGACUGCCGGGCAGGGCUGGAAUUCGAGCGCUGGCUCAAUGCCACGGGCCCACCGCUGGCCGAGCCGGACCUGUCUCAGGGAUCCAGCCUGACCCGGCCUGUGGAGGCCCUCUUCCAGCUGUGGACCGCAGAGCCCCUGGACCAGGCGGCCGCCUCUGCUAGCACCAUCGACAUCUCCAAGUGGAGGACCUUCCAGACGGCACUCUUCCUGGACCGGCUCCUGGAUGGGUCCCCGCUGCCCCAGGAGGUGGUGAUGAGCCUGUCCAAGUGCUACUCCUCCCUGCUGGACUCGAUGAACGCAGAGAUCCGCAUCCGCUGGCUGCAGAUCGUGGUCCGAAACGACUACUACCCUGACCUCCACAGAGUCCGGCGCUUUCUUGAAAGCCAGAUGUCCCGCAUGUACACCAUCCCGCUCUACGAGGACCUCUGCACUGGCGCACUCAAGUCCUUCGCCCUGGAGGUCUUCUACCAGACGCAGGGCCGGCUGCACCCCAACCUGCGCAGGACCAUCCAGCAGAUCCUGUCCCAGGGCCUGGGCCCUGGCGCCGAGCCCAGCGUGGAGCAGGGCAGCGCCGGAGCAGACUCGGAGGCGGACACGGACACGCCGGCCCUGCUGCUCGGGGAUGAGGCCCCUAGCAGCACCAUCUCUCUCAGGGACGUCAACGUGUCUGCCUAGCCCUGACCUCCCAGACACCACGAUUGUGCCUUCUGUGGCCCGGGCCCGCCAUGACUGCCUCGGCUCUGGCCGUGAGCUCCGCCCGGGCCCACGCGCCCCCCUGCAGGUUCUCCCGGGGACCUCCUCGUGGCCAGCCGGGGCCGGUGGCCCUGGUCCUCCCAGCUCUCUUGCACUGCAGGCUCUGGAGCGGCCAGCACACGCCACGCCCUCCCGUCUCAACACUGACUGCCGGGCGCUGCCCCUGGGGUGACGGCCCUGCAGUCCCACGGCGACCGCCACACUGUGCCUUAUGUCUGCUGGGAGGCUGGGGCCUUGCUAUCCCCACAGCAUGCCUCCUCCCCACGGAGCCCUGCACCCCGCCCGGGGUGGGCAGCCUUGGUGGCCCCUGGCAGAGAAGCAAGGACACAGACAUGCCCUCAGUGUGGGGACAGGGGACACUGGGGAGAGGGUGGACACACCUGGGGAGGGGCCCCCGGAAAGCCUUAGCCCCUCAGGGAACAUGGGGUCCCAGGCCCCAGGAGGAAUGGGACAGGACAGUCUGUCUGGUGGCUGCCCGGGGCCAGUGCAGCAAUACCCCGCAGGGAAGGGGCAGGUGGCGCUGGUGCUCUUUGUAGGCCCACCAUGCUGGGAGAGGCCUGGGGACCCCGGCGGUCAGAGCUGGGCCACCCAGGGACGGCUGCGACGGGAUCACCGUGAUUGUCCCAUUAAACCUCCACUCUGCAAACGA